UAUAGUUCGGGUUUUGGACUUUGUUUGAUUAAUGGAGUGUUGUAGUUUUCAUUGAAUUCAAUUCGAAGCUUGAUAGUUUCUGAAUGUGGAGAAAUUCUUACUUUUAGUCAAUGUUGGUCUUCUUGUUCUUUUCUAGCUAAUCUGAAAUUAGGGUUUUGUAAAAAUAUAAUUGGGGAUUCGUUGUUUUUGAUAACUGUAGGCUGUUUUUGGUUGUUUUGUUUGUUUUUAUAUGGGAUCUUUGCUUCGUGUGAGUUAGGUUCUGAUGUGGAGGGUUACUUAUAUUGAGCUUUUAGCUGAUAAGCCUUCUGUUUCCUAUGUUUUCCAGUCAUUUUAGAUCCCUGCAAAAUUUCAACAGAUGCAGCAAUGAAAACACUGAAAAUGAUUAGGUCACUGAAGAACUUAUGAAAUUUAUUUUUUUAUGUUGUCUUGAUCAGAUAUUAGUUACCUGAAGGGUAAGUUUUGACUCUGUAUAUAGUCAAAAGAGGAGAUUAAUAAUAUUGUGUUGUGUUAUUGGGACUUUGAAGCAGUAGUUCUUGGGGGUUCUACUACGAGGUUAUAUUGCUCUGUCCUUUGAGGAAUCUUAUCCCAUUAUUUCUAUAAUAGAGCUGUAAGGGCUAGCUCUGGAGAGCUAUUUAGAUUCUGGUCACCAGGCGACGGUGCCAUCCAUGGCACCUUCUCGUGUGGCUGGAGGGCUAGCACAUUCUUCAUCUAGUUCCGGCAUCUUUUUCCAGGGAGAUGGGCAGUCUUCUGUGGGGAAUUCUCACCUGACUUCAUCUUUUGGAAACUCAUCAAAUUCGAUUCCAGGAGCUGGACGUUCGAAUCUGGGUCCUGUUUCUGCAGAUGCAAGUAACACAAUCUUAAACAGUGUGCCAAGUUCAGGGCCAAGUGUUGGUGCAAGUUCAUUGGUUACAGAUGCCAACUCGGGGCUUUCAGGAGGGCCUCAUCUUCAGAGAAGUGCAAGUAUCAAUACAGAUUCAUACAUGCGUCUACCCGCUUCACCUAUGUCAUUCUCAUCCAAUAAUAUAAGCAUUUCGGGCUCAUCAGUUAUGGAUGGAUCUUCUGUAGUGCAGCAGAACACCAAUCAAGACCCGAACUCCCACCAGGUUCCACCGGGCCAGCAGCAACCAGGGGCUUCUAGUGCAACAUCCUUGCCCACAUCAAGAAUGGGCCAAGUUUCACUUCCCACUGGCUCACGGAUCCCUGGCUCGUUCAUUCAGGAUCCAAACAAUAUGCCCCAGUUGCAGAAGAAACCCCGAGUGGAUGUCAAGCAAGAGGAUAUUGUGCAACAGCAGCAAGUUCUGCAACAGCUACUGCAGAGGCAGGACUCCAUGCAAUUACCAACCCACGGUCCUCAGUUUCAAGCUUUGAUUCAGCAGCAGAGACUGCAUCAACAGCACCAAUUUCUGCAGUCUAUCCCACCAGCGCACCGAACCUACUUACUGCAACAGCAGAAGCAGCAGCAGCAGCAACAACAACAACAGCAACAGCAGAUGCAGUUGAGACAGCAGCUUCAACAACAGGGCAUGCAGUCUUCCAUAAAACGUCCAUAUGAUAAUGGCGUAUGUUCCCGGCGGCUAAUGCAAUAUCUAUACCAUCAGCGGCAACGCCCCACUGACAAUUCUAUUGCGUAUUGGAGGAAGUUUGUUGCAGAGUAUUACUCCCCACGCGGGAAGAAAAGAUGGUGUUUGUCAUUAUAUGAUAAUGUCGGGCAUCACUCUCUUGGUGUUUUUCCUCAGGCAACUGUGGAUGCCUGGCACUGUGAAAUAUGCGGUUCAAAAUCUGGAAGAGGUUUUGAGGCAACUUUUGAAGUACUCCCUAGGCUUAAUGAAAUUAAAUUUGGGAGUGGUGUUAUUGAUGAACUUCUAUUCCUGGACUUGCCGCAUGAAUCUAGAUUUCCUAGUGGAAUAAUGGUGCUAGAAUAUGGGAAAGCAGUUCAAGAGAGCGUCUAUGAGCAACUUCGUGUUGUUCGUGAAGGUCAGCUUCGUAUUAUUUUCACCCCUGAUCUAAAGAUACUGUCUUGGGAAUUUUGUGCACGCCGCCAUGAAGAGCUACUUCUUCGUAGGUUGGUUGCACCACAGGUGAAUCACUUGCUACAGAUUGCACAAAAAUGCCAAAGCACAAUUUCUGAGAGUGGAUCUGAUGGAGUUUCUCAGCAGGAUUUGCAGUCUAACAGCAAUAUGGUUGUGACAGCAGGGCGACAGUUGGCUAGGACAUUGGAGUUGCAUUCACUAAAUGAUUUGGGAUUUUCCAAAAGAUAUGUGCGAUGCUUGCAGAUAUCUGAGGUGGUCAAUAGUAUGAAAGACUUAAUGGAUUUCUGCAAGGAACAAAAAGUUGGGCCAACUGAGGGCCUGAAAAAUUAUCCUCGGCAUUCUACUGCUGCCAAGCUGCAGACGCCAAAGAUGCAUGAUAUGGAGCAGCUGGCAACUAUUCAGGGUCUGCCAACUGAUCGUAACACUCUCAGUAAAUUAAUGGCAUUGCAUCCUGGACUUAGCGGCCAGAUGAGUAAUAAUCACCACAUGGUUGGCAGAGGGGCUUUAAGUGGUUCAGCGCAAGUUGCUUUGGCACUGACCAACUACCAGAACCUACUGAUGAGACAGAACUCGAUGAAUUCAAACUCAAAUUCACUUCAACAAGAAGCAUCAUCUUCCUUUAACAAUGCUAACCAGAGUCCAUCUUCAUCAUUUCAAGGGCGUGUUCUAGCACCGGGGACCAUGCCACCUGUUAGUGGUAUUACAAAUGCCCAACUAUCACAGCAGCAACAGCCACACCAACGGUCCCUGAAUGGCAAUGUGAUGCAACAACAAACUUAUCCGCAGAUGCCUCACAGCAACCAGGCUGUACAACAGCAUGUGAUGCAGCAAAUGCUGCAGGAUAUGAACAGUAGCAAUGGUGGGGGGUUGCAGCAGCAGCAAUCCGUUGCAGGGCAGAAUGCAAACGCAAACGCAAAUGCGGUAGUGUUUGGAAGUAAUUCCUCAGCAGCCACUGCAGGCUCUGUGAAUGCGGGAGGAAGUACCACCGGCCCUACGCCAAGUAGAAGCAGUAGUUUUAAAGCAGCAGCUUCCAACAGUGACUCCUCUGCGGCUGGUGGCAACACUGGGUUCAACCAGAAAGGACAAGAUAUGCCUCCUACUCUUAAUUUGACAGAGGAACUGGUUCCGGAUAUAGCCAGGGAGUUCGCGGAGAAUGGGUUUUUUGAUGGUGACCUUGAUGAUAAUAUGGGCUUUGGCUGGAAGGCUUGACUGAUGAUGCAUCAUCCAUCAUCUCCUACUGCCACUAUACUUGCUAAUAUUACGUUUGUACAGGAGGUUUGUAUUAGCAAUUUUCAUUUUUUUUAAAAAAAUUAAUCUCCUUCUCUGCUUUCUUAAUUAUGGAGAUUGUUGUGAACGUCUAGAAUUAGUACUCCCCUCAAGUAGGCGGCGUCACAUAUAGUCUGUCUCUUCUGUCUUGUUUUACGCCCUCUGGAUUUUCGGCUGCCAAAGCAUUGCAAGUGUAAUUUAACGGACACGAAACUCAUAGAUUGCUAGUGUCUUUCAUCAA